GCCUAAAAACAAAACACUUCACACUAAAGCAUUUACUCUUCUCUUAUAAUCUCCAAUUGCCGAGGAAAAGGGGAGGAGUCUGGAAGCACUGUAAUCCCACAGGAAUAAGAUGAGCUUGCUUUGCGAAGGAGUCUGCACAGAAAUCUGCCUCUCGGAAAACGUGUUUGAAGGAAAUAGAUAGCUCCUUGAUUGCAUAGAAACUCAUUACAUAUUUUACAUUGCAUUUGUCUAUAUUCCAUCGUUUUCUAACACUCUCUUUGUGCUUAUAACAGGAAAAAACAAGAAUUGGUGAGUUUUGUAUUCUAACUUUGAGGACAUGGAUGACUUCAACUAUUCACUUUCUGAAGUGAAAAGCAAGUACAGAGAUGCUACCCUUUUACCGAAGUGGAAAGCAUUUCAGACAGUCAUAUUUAAUGAACUGGAUGAUGGUUUGCACGACUCAAGUAAGAUUGCUGCCUUUGAUUUUGAUGGAACUCUCGCAAAAACUGCUGUGAAUAUAGUGGGUCCAAAUGCUUGGUCACUCAUGUAUUCUUCAAUUCCUGAUAAACUACAGAGCUUAUAUCAUGAUGGCUACAAGCUGGUAAUUUUUACCAAUGAAUGCAAUAUUGAGCGCUGGAAGAACAAGAGACAGGUAGCUGUGGACUCAAAAAUUGGACGGCUGAAUAGUUUUAUUGAGUUGGUGAAGGUCCCUAUUCAGGUUUUCAUAGCUUGUGGUUUACCUAGUAAAGCUAAUAUAACGGAUGCUGAUACUUUUCGCAAGCCUAACCCAGGGAUGUGGCGACUUAUGGAGAAGCACUUCAACUCUGGCAUUGCCAUUGACGUGGAUGAGUUACUUUUCAUACCAUUCAGUUCUUCAAUCCAUGCUUAUUUUUUCCACUAGUUUAUAAUAGCUGUGUUUACUUGCUCUUGGCACUUAUCUAUGA